AUGAGCGGCUUCGAUUCGGGCGGCGGUUGCCCUCUGAUGGGGGGUCCCAAGUCGAGUGCGGGUCCGAGCGCGGCGCCUAAACUGACGGCGCCCGCUCUCCUUGUGGUUCCGGACUCGUCGCCCCUGACGCGUCGCCGAUGGAGCUCGGGGGGCGUGAUCAGCCCUCGCAGCCCGGUGACGCCCAGGGAGUUUCGUGGUGGCGGCGGACUCUCGCCCGACCUGCUGUCGGCUGACCGGCCGGAGACGCCCGAAGGCGAGAGGCUGGACCUGAGGGCCAUCGGAGCGGCUGUUUCGGCGCUGCUGGCUCCGACCGAUAAGUGCGCGGAUAAAGCCCCUCCCCCACCGCGGCGCGAAGCUCGCGUGGGAGAUGAGCGUGCCUCGGAGCAUCGCAACCAGCUGGGCGCCGAGCUUUACGCCGAGCGCGCUCAUCGCACCAUCUUUGGUGAGAGCUUGUCUGCGGUGCUUACUUUCGAGCGGGCAAUGGACGACGGGCUCAACGCCCACGAGGCGUCGCUACUGCACGAUGAGCUGCGAGACGAUGACAGCGUGACUGUGGUCGAAGACUGUGACGCCCAGAUUCACUUCCUGCUCCGAGUGGCGCAAGAGGUGGCCACAAUCACAGGGCUGGCCCUGGACGCCGUCCUUGAGAGCGCCGGCGAGGCGCACGCUUCCUCCACCCUGGACUGGCACGGCAACGCGCUGCGCUUCCUGGGCGGCUCAUUGGCCGACUUCCUCGUCAACCUCGAGUCGCUACACGUGGUCCUCGAGCAUGCGCACCUGCCCCUGCGGGGAGGCCGCCUCAGCGGAGUGCGCGAGGAGCAUGGCCGACUCGUGCUCCAGUGUGCGUCCAGAGGCGAGCCGCUGCUCAGGCUGCUGGCGGGCACGCUGCGCCGGCUCGCCUCGCAGCUCUUCCAUCUCAGCGUGCGCGUCAGCGUCGCCGGCUCCAAGGCGCAGCUGGCUACGCUCAUCCUCCAGCCGGAAGGGAGCCCAGUGCUGACGCUUUCUGCGCCGGCCGGAGGCGAGGCGGCAGCGCCCGUGUCCAGCGCAAACCCGGAGGACCUGGCCGUGUCGGUGGCGACCUUCUGUCGUGCGUUCCCUUUCCACUUCAUGUGCGAUCGGCAGCUGAAGCUGACGCAGCUCGGCAUGGGGCUGGCGCGUAUCUUCGGCGGCCGCAGCCGAGCCAGCACGCUGCCAGCACUGUUCACGUUCGUCCAGCCCCAGGUAGAGAUGCGCUUCGAUCACGUGGUGGCCAACAUCAACCUGCCGUUCCUGCUGCAGGUGCGCGAUGAUGCCAUCAAACACGAAAGAUACAAGGGCAUGGAAAUCAAAGGCCAGAUGGUCCACUGUCCGGAGUCCCGCGCACUGCUGUUCCUGGGCUCACCCGUGGUGGACGGUGGCCUGUCGGCCAUGCUGCGCCGCGGCCUUUACAUUUCGGACGUGCCGGUGCACGACGCCACACGCGACAUCCUGCUCGUGGAGGAGCAGAGCCGCGCCCAGGACGGCCUCAAGCGGCGAAUGGACAAGAUACGCGCCUCCAUCCAGGAGGCAAACCUGGCAGUAGAGGAAGAGCGACAGAAGAACGUCGACCUUCUGCACCUCAUCUUUCCACCAAGGGUGGCGCGGAAACUUUGGCUGGGAGAAUCGGUGGAGGCGCAGCAGCAUGACCAAGUGACGCUGCUCUUCUCGGACAUCGUGGGUUUCACGGCCAUCUGCGCGACGGCCACCCCCAUGAUGGUCAUCAACAUGCUCAACGCCCUGUACACGCAGUUCGACCAGUUCUGCGGAGAGCUCGACGUCUACAAGAUCGAGACGGUCGGGGACGCUUAUUGCGUGGCCAGUGGUCUGCGCAAGCAAGUGCACACGCACGCGCAACAAGCUGCCUGGAUGGCCCUCAAGAUGAUGGUCGCCGCCGGGCAGGUUCACUCGCAUGACGGCAAGCCAAUACAGAUGCGAAUUGGUUUGCACACGGGCCUUGUGCUGGCGGGCGUGGUGGGCGUCAAGAUGCCCCGCUACUGUCUCAUCGGCAACGACGUCUCCCUCGCCAACAAGUUUGAAUCUGGCAGCAUCGCCAUGCACAUCAAUGUCAGCCCCACCACGCACAGGUUACUGGUACACACCGAGGGUUUUCGAUUCGAAGCUCGACCCCGAGAGCACUUGCCGGAGGGCUUCCCGGAGCACAUCAAGGGAACGUGCCACUUCCUCAAGGGAUUCUUCCAUCCCAAGCUGGACCCGGCCGAGCCACUUGACGUGCACAUACGCAAGGCGCAGCGUGAGCUGCGAAUGGACGCCUCCCAGACGUGGCUCGCCUGAGCGUGUGACACGUAGGACACGAAAUGAAUAAUCGAUUGCCUUUCUACGAGCCCCGCCGAAGAUGUCUGUGCGUCUUCAAUGUGCGCGCGGGCUGUGCAGGCCAUAAACAUUGCAAGCGCUGGAGAACAAGAAUGCAGACUAUAAAAAAAGAUGGAGUGUCCACGCUCAAUGAAACUUGCUCAAAGUGCAGUUUUAUCACAUCGACGACAGAAGGUGUUGUGCUGAAUUCCAAAGUGGAAUUACUGCAUACGUUACCUUCAGGUAUGCUUCCUAAAGGAGCCAUGCCUGGGUACUCUAUUCCAAAUAAUCUUAAAACAGGCGUUGGAUAUCGUGUAUACGCUAGUAAGCGAACCUCCAUGAACUGUAGAACCAGGCUAUAUCUCGGCUGAAACGUAGAAUAGGACAGGGAACAGGCGGAAAAGGAAAAGCAGGGAUAUUAUAUUCGAAUGGAGUGCAUGUACUUGAAUCUACGAUGUAGUUCUUCGGAGCGUGUCCUUGCCUUGAUUACUGCAAGGUAAUGCGCUUUAGGUGUCGCAGAUUUCUGCCAAGCGAGCCACUAAGUUGUGCUGCAACACGUUUCAACUGUCGGAAACAUGUUGAGGGCUCCUGCCAUUUACAUACUGCCUCAGAGUUCUCAAAAAAUAAUCGGUACACAGUAGAGCGGAACUGUCCUUCAGAUUCUUCUUGCAUACGUUUGACAGAUGAAGCAAAGAGAAAGGAGACGUGAGAACGUGGAAUGACAGCAGGUGAUAUUGGCUCAACUUGCUUUGUACGGUGUGUAAUUAAUCUGCAGUGAAGCCUAUGUCAUUGCCAGAGAAGGUUGCCUAGCAAGCUGUGUUAAGAUAGUUAACGGCGUAUAGUAGCGCUUUGUUUAGAGCUUCACCUGUUUUUAGAGGCUUAAAGUGGUGCGAUUCCAGCAAUACGUCACGCGCUGGUGGGUCAUACCAGUUCGAAGAGUAGGCUUAAUAAAUUCGAAAACAAAAUGACAAUGGAGGCAACUGGGAAAUGAGAAAAUAAGACACAAACACAAAACACAAGAAGUCAUUCGAUAUUUUUUGUUAGUGAGAACUCAUCAACUUUUUUUUAGCAAGUCAUAAUGUUUUUUUUUAAUUUCUGUCGAUUCAUGCUGACCAUUCAUUGAACCAGUAUAAGUGUCAUUCAUGUUUGAGUUGAUCACGCUGAAAAAAAAAUGGUUACGAAACUGUAAUAAAUGUAACCGAAGUGUAAUUACCAAUAUGAGCAUUGGUUUUAAUAACACGGUUUAGUACUAUAUUUUGCCCUUGAACACAGAGACUGGAUAUGACUGGGUAACGUGGAAAAUGGGUAAGGGGAGUUUUCAUAAUAAAUGUAAAGAUGGUUCAUGCUGCGCAGGUUGCUAAAAGCGACAAGCAGAUGACCUGAUUGAUGGCAGUAGACUCACACCCAUGUUGUAAUGUUCAUCAAUGUAGGCUCGGUAUUUGUCUUGACAUGGCUUCGUUUGGACAAGUUUCUAGAAGGAAAUUUCAUGUUGUUUUCAUAGAAUAUUGCUUUGUUUUAUCACGUCACCGAAUAGCUUACCGUUGUUGCCAUGAGAUGUUCAAUGUUGGUGUGGUAAUUGCAGGUGGGAAGUGUUGCAAUUAGCAGUUAGAAAUGAUCAGCACUUGUUUGGUAAACAUUGUGCACGGAGCCAAGUUUUGCGUUUUAGCAUGUCGGUUGUGAUGUCGACGCUGUAGUGUACAUGCUGAAUAAUGUUCACGUAAUUGACACGGUCUUCCCAGUGUGAAGCUUGAGGAUUCUGUCUGUGCGUGCUUCUCGCUGUGACCACCAACACAUUUGAUUGUUUUGAGGAGGCUGAAUAUUUUUAUUUUGUUCAUUUUUAUUACUUAACAUCCCAUAUGACCAUUAACACAAGUUGAUCCCUAAUAGAGUGGUCACGUCUUAGCUUUGCUCGCUUCAAUAUCUUUGUCUACGUCCACACUUAUUCUCUGUCUUCUUGCAAACGGUAUGGUUGUUGCCCUUUCGCUUUAUUGCUGUGCGAUAAUUGCAUCUUUUUUUGCGAGAUGUUUCUAUGUGUCUUUCGUUUGUAACAGUUAUACAGAUUUAGCAGUUGCCUAUGCGAUCUCGCUACUUAGUUUAUUUGUUUCAUGUCGCAGUUACCAGAUUUCGAUUAGGUUAUUUAUAAUAAACAAGUUCAUAUCCAAGCAAAUUUCAUGAUUGAUAUGAGUAAUAUUUGAUCUUGAUAAUAUAUUUUGUGCAAGGAGUUACAAGGUAUAACCAAUAGAGCUAUUGUAAUAAGUGUUGGGGACGAUGUUGUAGAAAGGACGCAUUUCUUUAAUAAAAUAUGUUGAAGUGGAC